UUUGGCUGGUACGGUUCCGUUCUGUUCCGCCUUGGCGCCCUUGGCCGCGGGGGCAAUGUUUUUGUUUUCGUUCUACGUUCAGGUGUUGGGUGGCGACGUAUUAACCGUCGAUAACCAGCUGAAGCAGCUCAAGUUCUCUAGUGGAACGAGGUUGACCGUGCGCAGUGGCAGCCGUUGACAACAAAAACAAUGUAUGCACUCAGCUUCGCCGGAUGAGUGCCGGCGUCGAUCGCGAACCGCCAGAGCCGCCAAAUACCUCUCGUACAUCUCCAAGAACACCAAGAACAGGAGGUAUUCAUAAAGGUCUGAACCACGCGAGGAUCGUCUCGAAGCAUGGUAGCCUCAACAGACGCUUGCCGCCACACGCGAGGAGAAAGCAGGAGGCCCGAAGUUUGAAUGUGAAGUUUUCAGAGGAGGUGCGAAGAGCUGGCCCUCACUUUUUCAAGGCAGCCGCAGAACACUACGAGCCCCGAAUCACUGCCGCGGCUGACUCACGCGGAUGCUGUGCUGCACCCUGCACUGCACAUGGUUCGAAGCACACUUCAGGGGACCAGUGCAUGCCCCUGAUGCAUCGUCGCGGUAUGUUUUGUACUGCUUUUCCUAGCGGUGCACUGAGCAGUCCAAUCUUGAAGGGAGCACGCGAGUGCGUAGCCAGUGCUCCAUGCAGCAAGGACCGCAAGCACUCGCGGAAGCUUGGAGCACACGCAGUGACGCCAGCAGCCGUGCACGCUGGCGUCGUCUGCUACUGUACCGUCCUUUCGUUCGGUGCGCAGAAAAAAAAAGGAGUGACCGCUCUGUUAAAAGUCUGAUGGUGAAGGCAUCCUUUACAGAAGCACUGUAUGGCUCUCUGCACGCUAGAAUGGGGGCUGUCGUUGAUGCUCGCAGAGGCGUCGCCCACAACUAAGCAGACGAUCAAAGUCCUGAGCAGGUGACUAAUCGUUUCAUUGUUCUUUGGUAGGGAAAGGUAGAUAAUGUGCUUCUACUCCCAGCUU